AUGCACGGUCUCCUUGCUGUCGCCCGCAGCCUGAAAGCCUCAAGUCGACGAUAUCAUCGACCCAGCCUGGCGGGCGGCAACGCGAGGAUGUUCGACGCGAGGAUGUUUUGAACAACCUCAUGUGAAGGCUCCAAGCAAGUUUUGUCAAGCCGCACGCGCAAUUGGCCAACAGGCGCAAAAAUUGCACUAUGCCGUACUUCUGCGGCGAAUUCACGUCUAUGGCUCCGCGACACGCCAUGCUUGUAUACUCGCGGGGGCUGGUGGCAUUUAAAUCUCCGCCACGCCCCCAAAUUUGCGCCCGCGUGGACUAAUAGAGACUGCUUUUCCAGCAACCAAUAGCCCGCACCAAAUGAAGACACGCCAUGCAGGGGAACUUAGCCAACAUUUCGGAGGCUAGUGAGCACUUGCCAGAAAGCUUAUCACCCACAGGAGCGUUGCUGAGCGGCGCUCCUCACCUAGCCGCGCACGACGCCGCAGAGCUGCGCAGCCCAGCGGCGACAGAGCAGGGAGUGGAGUCAGCGGUUCGCAGCCCGCGCCAGGAUGCCGCGUCAGGUGCUGUCGCCGCUGGUGAAGCCGGAUUGUGUGAGCGCAUGAGCGGCGGCAGCGGUGUGUCGGUGCCGAGCGGUGCACCUGCGGAGGCGGCUGAGCCACCACAGGUCAGGACCUACUUGAGCAGUUCUGCCUCGCCGGGUUUGCUGCUGUAUGGGAUAGGGGGAGGUGUGGCGGGCACAUCAGGUGCCGUGCGUGGUGCCCCGCCACCGCACCUGGUCCCACCCCCUCCGCCGCCACCGGCCCAAUCUCACGCGGGCCAGCAGGGCGAGGCACAGCCGUCCCAGCAGCUGUGGGACGAGCUGCGGCAGCGGGAUGCGCAGAUCCUGGUGCUGCAGAAGAAGCUGGGCCACUUCCGGUCCUGGCUGACGGGCGUGCACGCCAAGGUGCAGGCCGCCAACCCAUCCGCCAUCAACAACUACAAACGGCUUUACGUGGGGAACCUGCCGCCGCACACGUCAGAGGAGGACUUGAAGGCGUUUUUGCACGGUCUCAUGGUGCGCACCGGCGCCAACGCGGCGCCUGGUAACGCCAUCCUGUCCUGCAAGCUCAAGUCGGCCCCCGGCGCGGGAGGCGGCAUGCCGCCCCCUGGUCUGCCGCCUGGCCCGCCCGACAAGCACUACGCGUUCAUAGAGCUGCGCAGUGUGGAGGAGGCGUCCAACGCCAUGGCGUUUGACGGCGUGGCUUUCAGGAACGCUUACCUCAAGGUGCGGCGGCCCAGCAACUACGACGUGGCCACCGCCAUGAUGCUUGGCCCCACCAGCCCCGACCCCACCAUCGACCUGUCCCAGCUAGAGAUCUGCCGCACAGUGGUGGAGAACUCGCCGCACAAGCUGUUCGUGGGCGGCCUGCCGUGCGAGUGGAGCGAGGACAUGGUGAAGGAGCUGCUUGCACCGUACGGCACCCUCAAAAGCUUCAACCUGGUGAUGGACAAGUCCACCGGCAAGUCCAAGGGCUACGCCUUCUGUGAAUACAGCGAGGAGAGCAGUGCCGAUCUGCUGAUCAAGAACCUGCACAUGCGGCGGGUGGGCAGCAAGGCGCUCACCGUGAAGCGGGCUAUGGAGGGAAACCGCAGUGUGGCUGGCUCCAUGGGUGGCAGCAUAGGCGGCGGUGCAGGAGGUGGGUCCGGGGGCAGCUCUGGAGGCGGUGCGCCGCCGCUGGCGCUGGGCCCAGCGGGCCACUCGAGCUCUAUGCUUACACCCCUGGGCGGACAACAUCUGGGGCCGCACCAUGGCCACCAGGGCGGAUCCGUGGGGAGCCCGCCCCCGCUGCCGCUGACGCCCGUGGGAGUGGCGGCAAUGGUGAAACUGGCCGCCGCAUCGCCGGCAGCGCCCAGCAGCGUCAGCCCAGCGCAGCAACAGCAACAGCAACAGCAGCAGCAGCAGCAGGCCGGGGCCCCCAGCGGCGCGGCAGCAGCAGCUGCAGCAGCCGCAAUGGCAGCUGCGCUGGGGGGUGUUGGACCGGACACCAGUUCUCCAACUGCUCUUCAAGUUGCGGACGCCAUCACAGCUCUCCUACAACAGCACAGCGGCCACCUUGCCUCCCGGAACUUGUUGGCGGCUGCAGCUGCAGCCGCGGCGGCAGCAGGCGGGGCACAUCCACCCGGCACGCCUACGCCGCCGCCAGGCGCUGCUAGCACCGCCGCUGGCAUUGCGGCAGCGCUGCAGCAGUUCCAGCGCUCGGCAGAGCUUUCGGGUGGCGGUGGAGGAGGCGGAAUGGCAGGUGGCAGUGGCGCGAGCUCGGGUGAGCUGCAAUCAGUAGGGCCAAGGGGGCAGGGGCACCCGCACCAGCACCACCAGUAUGCGCCCCACCCACACGCGCACGCGCAUUCCCAUCAACAGCAACAGCAGCAGCAGCAGCAGCAGCAGCAGCAGCAGCAGCAGCAGGACGCGGCCGCAGCAGCUGCCGCGGCCCAGGAGGCCGCGCAGCAGCAGUUUGCGGCUGCGGCUGCGGCAGCAGCUCAGCAUGGCCCGUUUGACCUGUCUGGGCUUACAGGGCAAGGAAUGGGAUUUUGGUGAGUUGCGCGCUUUGCUUGCAGCACCCCGCAUUGGAAGAAAGAUGUGGGCGAGAAGGGGGUCAUUGCUUUAGAUAUCGAUGGCGGGCUCCAACGUGGCACUUGCCAGUAGACAGUGGUCGAGAUGGUACACGUGCAAGGAUGCGCUGUCGAUAUGUUAGUUAUUGCGCAUGGGGACCUUGCUUGAGACCUGGCCUGCUGCCCAGACUGUUGGGCUCAUACAUGUUCAUUUGUUUUGCGAGGCUGUUACUGUGCGUAGUGGGAGCCUGGUUCGUUAGAGGACUGCUGUCUUUUUGCGUGUGGGGUUUCACACAUGCCGCCAUCGCGGCUAGAAAUAGGCGCGCCCAUCGGUGCAUCUUGCAAUUGGUGGAAAGGCGAGGCAGGCAGAUAUGCACCGCAGCAGAUAGGAAAGACUUAGCAAUGCAGGGUACGACCGCUAUGCGGCGUGCUGCACAGGCAUUGCGUGUUGAUGGUACCCUGCUGAUUGCCAUGGUAGCAAUCCGUCGGUGGCUCAGGCUAGCUUGCAGGUUGUAGGAGGCAUGGCGUUGGUGGCUUGAUGGGCAAUUGUGUCCGUUGGCAGCUGCCAUCCCCUUGUCAACUUGUACUUCGCAUUGUUAGUCAUUGAAGCAUCGUCGAUACUGGGGACAACACUGCAACGGGCGUGUGCAUUGCAGUGGACGGUAGCUCUCGCUUCGGCCCCCGGCUCCACCAACCAUACCACGAAGCCCUAUGAGGGACGUGACGUAAACUCCGCAACUAACAUCCGGCACGCGCUGGUGGAGAUGCUGCUGGGGCACAAGCGACCUGCAUCGCUGCAGAUUGGCGGCGGCAGCAGCGGCGGCAGCGGCGGUGGCAGCAGCAGCAGCGGGCGGGGGCGCGUGCGCGCAUCUUGGUAGCGGAGGGGGCGGGAAAGGCCACGUGGAGGAGGAGAGCGCAGCGCCGCCCAAGAAGCGGCGCAAGUGCGCAGGCUGAGGAGCCGGCUGGUGCCUAGGUAGCGGUCAGCGGUGGGGCUGGCAGGGCAUCCGUAGCGGCAUGACAAGUGCGGCAUGACAAGUGUGCUGCGUCUGGCUGCGGUUGGCUCUGCUGUGGCAUCGCGAUUGCUAGGCACCUGGUUUGGCUAUGUGCCUGUACGAACCGACCCCGGCUAUGUCCGGGCGAUGAGGUUGUUCGGCCUCAGACUGUGGAGGGGCUCAGCCCCUCUUCGGUGACCGGGGAAC